AACGCGUUUCAGAGAAUAACUUUCUCCUCUCUUCGCAAUAGCCCCAAUGACACUUUGUCCACAAUCGUGUCUCUCUCUUCGUCGUCGUCAUCAUUUUAUUAUUCUCUGUAAUUUAGUCGAAAAUUAUAGAAACCGAAAGUGGGCUUGAUCAAUUCUGACUCUUUGCACCCGAUUCUUCAUUCAAUUUCGAUUCCAGUCUCCCCAAUUGUUCUGGAAAGCUUCAGACUCGGUCAAUUUCAAGUUGGGAAGCCCCAAAUGUGAUAUCUCUCACACCUUGGAUCAACGCUUUUGGAAUUUUAGGGUUAAUAAUUUGGGAAAUCGCGGUAAAGUUCUGGGAAAUGCCAAGCGUAGCUGUGAAACUCUAUAGCGUCUUUUUCAAGUUACUAUUGAAACAUCGGCUCCAGAAUCUAAUUUCGAUUUCAGCUGAUGGGUUAUCUGAUUCGUUCGGCGUCUCGACCCGAUCUGAUGAAUCCGUCGCCGCCGCGAAUCCUUCCUUCACCGACGGGGUUGCAACCAAAGAUAUUCACAUUGAUCCAAUGACGUCACUCACGGUAAGGAUCUUCCUCCCCGAAUCUGCUCUUUCUCCAUCCGAACCCGAUUCGCUGAAGCUACACCACAGAGAUAAUUAUCAACACCAACCCAGAUCCGAUCGGAGACACAGCCACGGCUCUCUUAAUCAGAACUCUCCGCCGAACGAAUCUCGAAGGAACAGCUACGGAUGCAACAUCGAGAAUCUAGAACCAUACGGUGGAUAUGCGCCGUCUCCGAAGAGGAAUUCCCGGAAACUUCCAGUGAUGUUGCAGUUCCAUGGAGGAGGUUGGGUCAGCGGAAGUUCCGAUUCGGCGGCUAAUGACUUCUUUUGCCGGCGAAUCGCUAAAGUUUGCGACGUAAUUGUAUUGGCCGUAGGUUAUAGGCUUGCGCCUGAUAAUCGGUACCCUGCGGCGUUCGAGGACGGAGUCAAGGUGCUGCAUUGGCUCGGGAAACAGGCUAAUCUAGCUGAUUGUUGCAAGUGUGUGGGUAAUCGACGCGUCAAUGGCGUUGAGUUGAAGAAACUUAGCGUUCAAGGACAGAUAGUGGAUGCUUUUGGAGCUUCCAUGGUUGAGCCUUGGCUGGCAGCUCACGCCGAUCCUUCCAGAUGUGUUCUUCUCGGGGUGAGCUGUGGUGGGAACAUAGCAGACUACGUAGCUCGGAAAGCAGUGGAAGCUGGGAAACUUCUAGAGCCGGUUAAAGUUGUUGCACAGGUUCUUAUGUACCCAUUUUUCAUCGGAAACAACCCAACACAGUCCGAGAUAAAACUAGCAAACUCUUACUUCUACGAUAAGCCCGUCUCUGUUCUCGCCUGGAAACUCUUCUUACCAGAGAAAGAGUUCAACUUUGACCACCCGGCAGCAAACCCACUUGCCCAUAACCGCACUGGACCACCUCUGAAGCUAAUGCCUCCAACGCUUACAGUAGUGGCUGAGCAUGACUGGAUGAGAGAUCGGGCCAUUGCUUAUGCAGAGGAGCUUCGGAAGGUAAACGUAGAUUCUCCAGUUUUAGAAUACAAAGACGCAGUUCAUGAGUUUGCAACGCUUGAUAUGCUUCUCAAGACUCCUCAGGCACAGGCCUGCGCCGAAGAUAUUGCCAUUUGGGUCAAGAAAUACAUUUCGAUCCGCGGCCACGAGUUCUCUUACUGAAAUUAUACCCUGUUAUUAUUCAUACUAGGGUUGAGUCAAUGAGUUCGCACGGAUUUUGAUUUGUGUUUGUAUUUUAUAUAUUUUAUAUGCAUUUCUAAAUAACAAUUCGUUUGAUAUUUUUUUUAGUAUAAUAAUUAAUUUUUUAUAUUU